AAUGCUGCAAUUUCGGAGUAAAUCGUUGUCGGCAGCGAAGUGGUGGAUGUCGUCGUAUGACGGUUUAAGACACAUUUAUUGCAGUUUUUGGAUUUGUGCAUACGUCAAAGUGGCUAAAUAGAUAGUACAGUGCCGAAAUGUCAGAACUGAGAGAAUGGUUCAACGCCCAGCCAUUAUUUACUCGAUGGUGGCUUCUUUUAUCCGUGGGAUUCUCUCUUUUAGGAAGAUUCGGUAUUUUCAGUCCUGAACGACUUGUUCUAUUCUACGUUCCAUUCGUUAACAAAUUUGAGAUAUGGAGAGCCGUUACCAGCGUAUUUUAUUAUCCCCUUGGACCGACAACUGGAUUUCACUUUAUGAUCAACUGUUAUUUCAUCUACAACUAUUCUGUAAGGCUCGAACGUGGCGAGUAUGAUGGACGACCAGCUGAUUAUUUUUACAUGCUUCUGUUUAACUGGGUUUGCUGUGUCAUCGCUGGACUUUUUGGAGAAUUUCCGCUUCUCAUGGACCCCAUGGUACUCAGUGUACUCUACAUAUGGUGUCAUCUCAACCGAGACACUAUCGUCAACUUUUGGUUCGGGACGCAGUUCAAAGCAAUGUAUCUACCAUGGGUUCUCUUUGCUUUCAAUCUUGUGAUAUCUGGUGGUGGAAUGUUGGAGCUAGUUGGCAUCCUAGUGGGACAUUUGUACUUCUUCCUGAAGUUUAAAUAUCCUCAAGAAUUCGGAGGUCCAGAUUUAUUGGCAACUCCACAAUUUCUCGAGUCUUAUUUCCCUCCUUCAAGACUCAGAGGGUUUGGAACGGCUCCUGCACAAAGGGAACCGCAGAGACCGGGCAGAAAUAUGUACGGUGGUUAUCAGUGGGGACGUGGCCAGCCUCUCGGGCAAUAAUCAAGAUGUAUACCUAAUCAAACCAAAUUUACAUCUGCUGUAUAUUUUAUGAAGAGUGAGUGUAAAAGUAUACCAAGAAACUGGGAGUAAAUGAAGCAUAUAGGAUGAUGCAAGACUAUCGGCCUCAUAGGCCACCCGUGUGUUGCUUGUGAAAAUCCGCGAUU